AAAAUUCGAAACGAGAUUCACUUAUGAACACGCCUAAUGCGGCAACACCGCUCCAUGUGUACUCGAUCGGGCUGACCGGGCUGACGCGCCAGGCGGAUGGUGGCUAGGACUGUCCGAUUGUCGGGUAAUUCCCCGACAAUCAGCGACGUUAAUUUUAUUCUUAAUUGAAUGCCGCUUGUUACAUAGUUGUUAUUACUAGUAUUUCAUUAUUAUCGAUUGUUAGUUAGAAUUAUAUAUUUUAGUGUUUUUUUUUUAAUUAAAAUGGGGAAAAUACGUAGCAGACGAUUAUUAGCAAAAAAAGCCGCAAAGCAAAGGUAUUUUAUACUUAUUGAAUAUGUACUGAAAUCUCAUAUAGAACAGUCUAUUCUUAGUUGAAAUGAAAGAAUACAAUUUUUCUUAUCGAUCUACAAUAUUUAAUUAAAAAAAAAUAAUCUCGACUACAAAAGUCAAUAAGAAAAGGCUUUGUCAAUUCAUUUCGACUUGAAAUGACUAUUCCGCAUAGAGCUUCAGUUUUGCUGUCUAUAUUUGAUAUAUUUGAUUAUACAUUAAAAAAUGUGAGUAGGUGGAAUUAUAAAAACGAUUCACUGUCAUCUCAUAAACAUGACGAAAACUUGGACGAUACCAACAUUACCAACACAUCAAACGAAAGAUCUGAAGCAAACAGCAUUAAAGAUUUCAGUAAAGAAACAAGUAAAAUAAAUACCCACGGAAACACAUUUGAACAAAUAAAUGAUCUAAACACCAUCGGUCGGCGAGUAGUUGACAUGGGUUUUAUUUUAAAACAAAUUUUGUCGUACCCGCGCCAUAAACCUUUCGAAUGUUGUUGUAUAAUUGAUAUGGUUCUGAUAAAAGAGACUCGAAAAGGUUUAAAAAGUACUUUUACAUUACAAUGUAAACUGUGUGGCUUAGUGGAUAGCAUCGGGACAUCUUCGGAGACCUCAGAUCUGAUGAACAUAAACGAGGCAACGACAUUGGGUGCAAUUUCAACCGGAAUUGGCUACGCUCAAUGUCAAGAGUUUUUAAAUGUUUUGCAAGUACCAAUUAUGCAACAGGAAACAUUUAAAAAAGCAUUUUGUAAAGUAGCCGAUGUUAUUCAUGAAACAGCGUCAAGUUCAAUGGAAAAAGCAGCAGAGGAAGAAAAGCAAUUAGCUAAAGAAGCAGGAGAUAUAGAUGAGGACGGAGUGCCAUAUAUUACUGUAAUUGCUGAUGGAGCCUGCAGCAAAAGGUCUUACGGAUUAAACUAUGACGCUGCGUCUGGGGUUGCCUGUAUUAUCGGACAGCGAACGUCUAAACUCCUGUAUUUAGGAGUAAGAAACAAAUAUUGUACAAUUUGUACCAUGGCUGAUAGGAAGGGGGAAACCACGCCACAACAUGUUUGCUCACGAAAUUGGACAGGAACCUCGACAGCAAUGGAGAGUGACAUAAUUGUGGAAGGUUUUCGAUGUAGCAUUGCUAUGUAUGGUUUGAAAUACCUCAAACUUGUAGGGGAUGGUGAUAGCAGUGUUCAUCGAAAACUUUUGGCAAUAAAACCAUACGGAAGUAAGUUAGUUCAGAAAAUAGAGUGUCGCAACCAUCUACUAAGAAAUUUCUGUAAGAAAAUAAACGAAUUAUGCGGUAAGUAGAAAAUAUUUAGUGAUUGUAUUAUUAUAAAAUAAAAGAAGGUAAUUGAAUAAUAAU